UGCUGCGAUCAGUCGCCGGGGGCAGUUGUGGCGCUGCCCCCUUUCGCGCCACUUCGGCAAAACUUGUUUGGCAGGCAGUAUACCCGCCUGCGUGCUUCUUUGAAUUAAACAUUCUCUUUUAUUUUUAUCUUCACAAUUUCUGUCUCUUUUUUGCAGGAUGGACACGACCGUAAGUAUGCGGCCUGCUCGCCAUCACAGUUUACACAGUGGAGAGAGUUCUCGCAAGAUUCAGAGGUUUGUUCAUGGGCACUACAUUUCGCACAAGUUUCACGGCCUCGGCAGCUCUGUGAACUGUGGCAGAAACGUUAGCAUUUAAAACAUCGGUGGAGAUUUGGCACGUAUGGCCUAACGCGAAACUGGAUGUACCCGACCUCAAUGGACUCGGGCAGGACACUUGAGCCGAAGAAGCCGCUAUGAAAGCAGCAAGUCCCCUACUGCUAGCAUGCUUAUUAACAUGGGCACGUCUUGCGCUCCCCAUGCCAGGAGACACCAGAGAAAAGGAAUACCUUGUCUGCAACACACCCGUGUGCAUCCAACGAGCCAAGCUGAUCAACGAGUCACUCAACACAUCAGUUGACCCAUGUGAAGAUUUCUACUCGUACGCCUGUGGUGGAUGGAUGAAAAACCACCCGGUUCCAGAAGACAAGUCAACGAUGGAUACUUUUACUAUACUAAGCGAUGAACUAAGGGAUACCAUUCGAGAUCUCCUAGGCAACAUUACCCUCGUUGGUGAGAACCAAACUAUAAUAGACAAGGCAGCUCUUUUCUACAAUUCCUGUGUGGCUGUACCAGAUCUUGACGAUCGACAAGAUGUGAUGUUCGAAAUGCUGAACUCUUCAGGACUUCGCGACUGGCCGAGAAUUGGCCAGGACGCAAAUAUCAGCGAGGAGUCAAGUAAUAUCACGGACGUGAUCAUCAAAACUGGAAUGUCAUCCAUCCUUAGCGUUGGUGUUUCAAGAGAUAUCCGUGAGCUUAGCAGUCACGUUAUUCAGCUUGACCAGAUAGGUUUCUCCUGGGUGGGGAGAAAUCAGCUGAUCAAUCAAACUACGAUUUACAGCAGACCAAUGAUCGCUGCUUACAAGACCGUCAUUCAAGUCACGAUGAAGUUCAUGAAGCCUAACCUUAGCGACGACAACAUCACCGAGCUUUCCGAACAGCUUCUGGCUUUUGAAGGACAGCUAGCCAAUCUGACUGCACCUCCCGAAGAAAGGCGAGACCUCACGAAAAUUUACCGUAGAACCACCAUGGAAGAACUCCAUAACAAUUUCACUUACAUACCCAUACGCGUUUUGCUCAAGAAACUCUUCAAUGAGGUAAACCUGACGCUAGCCGACAACGAGACUAUUGAACUCUAUGCAUUGGAUUAUUAUACUAAAUUAAACAACUUUCUACAAUGUGCCGACCCGAACAUGUUGUACAACUACGCUGGGCUGAAAGCUAUGCUCAGGUGGGCGGCGGCUGCAUCGAAAGAAUUCAGGAAUGCUACCUUCGAGCUAGUGAAAGUUAAAGCCGGAGUUAGCGUUCAAAAGCCAAGGUGGGAACGGUGCAUCGGUUCCGUGAAGGGUUCGAUGCCAGAGAUCAUCGGCAACCUCUACGUGCAGCACAAGUUUAGCGAGGAAGCUAAGAGAGAGGUCGAGGACCUUGCAAAGAGGCUCGUGUUAGUAUUUAAUAAAACUCUACAAACAGUUGACUGGAUGGAUGAUACUACAAGAAGCGCUGCGGAGGAAAAGUUGACAAAAAUGGGAGCAAAAAUUGGAUAUCCAGACUGGAUAAAGAACAUGACUUAUCUUGAAGGACUUUACGAAUAUGUACCGCAACUGCCACUUAAUAUUUCCUAUUUGGAAGCAGUCUACGCAGUAUCUGUGAACAACGGGAAAAAGGGUUUGUUGAAGCUGCGAAUGCCAUACGACAAAGAUUCCGAGUGGAUUGUGGGCCCUGCAGUUGUCAACGCUUUCUACAGCCCAAGUUCGAACGAAAUGGUGUACCCUUCCGCAAUCCUUCAAGACGUUUUCUAUGAACAUGGACUUCCACGUUCCCUUAACUUCGGAGCUAUUGGCAUGGUGGUUGGACAUGAAAUGACGCACGGAUUCGACGAUACAGGAAGUCAGUUCGACGCGGAUGGCGCUUUAAAAGAGUGGUGGUCGAAUCGUACUAGCGCCGAGUUCAAGCGGCGAGCUAAAUGUUUCGAGGAUCAGUACGGAAAUAUCACUGACAAAGAAGCAAACAUGACGCUCAAUGCCAAAAACACUGUGGGCGAGAACAUUGCCGACAACGGGGGCCUCCGUCUGGUUUUUGAGGCGUAUAAGAAACUUCUGGAAGACGAAUGUCACAGCAACGCCACUCGCUUGAAAGGCUUGGAACAGUUCUCUGGAAAGAAGUUGUUCUUCAUCGCAAACGCAUUGGCAUGGUGCAGCGUGAGCCGCCCACAGUACCUGAAGCUGCUAAUUCAGUACGAUCCACACAGCCCUACUCAAUACAGAGUCAACCUUCCUAUGUCGAAUAUGCCUGACUUCUCCGAAACGUUCAGCUGCCCAGCAAACUCGACAAUGAACCGGAAAGAAAGGUGCACUUUGUGGUGAGACGGAAGGGAAAUAAAGCGAGAAUGCAUUCCGGAAGUCAAGCAACUUGUAACAGUUGGCAGAAUAAAUAAAGCUGAUAGAAAUUUA